GAUGCAACGCUAGCAAUCGAGAAGAUAAGCUACGUGGAAGCUUUCUGGUCGGGACAUUGUCCUCGCUUGAUUCCCACUAUGAUUCGAUACUCGUUCUUCUGGAUUAUAUAUCGCGACGUCGUCUCUGGAUCAAUGAUAGAAUUUGCUUCCCUUCCAUAAAUGUGAGCACAUAUAUUGUCUGUGACAUCGCCUGAAGGUAAGGACACCAUCUCAUCAACAUGGGCUCCUACACACCAGUCUACGACCAAGACAUCCACACCAUCCACAUCACCGAGGAUGUCAGGCAAUCCGGCAACGCCAGCCUGGAACUCAUCGCCGAGGGCGCCGCCUUCCUACACAAGGAUGGCAUCAUCGUGCUGGACAAUGCCAUCGACACUGCGCACGUCGACACUCUGAAUGCCAAACUAUCUCCCGAAGCACUCGAGAUCGCCGCCGACCCUGGUCACCAUUUCAACUUUGGCAAGCAGACGCGCAAUAUGGACCAAGCCCCUCCGCCAACGAAAGAGCUGAUGUUCAAGGACAUCUGGUGCAAUCCGUUCGCGGCCGCGAUCCUGGCAGCGGUCCUUGGCCCUCGGCCUGUGGUCCAUUAUGCCAACGGAAACACUGCACUAAGAGCGCCUCCGCACGGCAGGCAGCCUGUGCAUUCGGAUUGUGAAUUCGCACACCCCGCCUAUUUCCCGUUCGCGUACGUGAUCAAUAUCAGCCUGGUGGAUGUCACGCCCGAGAACGGGGGGACGGAAGUGUGGGUUGGGAGUCAUCAUGUCUCUACGCAUGAAGCACAUAGUCCCGGAAGCGACGAUGAACAAAUACUCUCGAUCAAGCCCGUAUUGGUGGAGGAGCGGAGGAAGCAUAGCCCGCCGGUUCAGGUGAAUACGAAGCGAGGAAGUCUUGUGAUCAGGGACCUCAGAUUAUGGCACGCGGGCAUGCCAAACUUGACAGACGAGCCGAGGGUGAUGCUUGCCUUUGUAGCGAGUCCGGUGUGGUGGCAGGGAAGAACUAAGAUCUUGUUGCCGCAGGAUGUGAAAGAGAUGGUGGAGGCGUGGAAAGAAGAGAUUCAAUACGAUGCUGAGUAUGUGGAUGGAGAAGUCGAUUAUAAGAAGCUCAAAAGCGCAGGAGUUGAUUUUGAUUCGAAGAGCAAGGUACUCGAGAAGUAUAGGGGUGAGCUGAGUAGGUGGCCGACGUAUACUCCCAGGUGGUAUUGAAGAGAAAUUGGAUUCAUCAUUAUACUAUGUGAGAGCAAUGUAGCUGUGGUCACAUCCUGUCAGUUCUUUGAGAACAUGGUCGGCAUGUGAGCUAAUGGUACCAUCACCGCUUCGACGAUGUUCCGGCAUACGCACU